AUGUACCUGUUUCUAUGGGCUUUUUCAUGUUUUACCAAUUUUUCUUUCAACCAGGUACACGGGAUGGCGAUUCAUUUGAUCAGCUACCAAGGCCGGCCUGGUCGAAUCUUCAUUUGCGCCUCUAUGAUUUGUAGCCUAAUGUCGUUCGGCGUCUACGUUUACGAGGCGAGCAAGUGGCCUCAGGAAGUUGAAAAGUGUGAGAUCCGCCAUCGCAAAUUUCGCAUCGUCGAUUCUUUGCUAAAUCUCUUCUUUCUCGUCCACUUCUGCGCCCGCUUUGCGGCUGCCAGUGAUGAACUGGUAUUCUGGCUCGAGUGGUACUCCAUUCUCGACUACUUCACGGUGGUUCCCACUCUCUUGUCACUCAUCAUGAACCGCAGCUGGAUCGGUUUUCGGUGUUUGCGCGUCUUUCGACUCGUCAACUUGGCCGAAGUGUUGCACAACUUGAACAUGAUCGAAUCGGCUGCCAGCCUCCGACUGUGCCAGCUAGUCACCUUUUUCAUAGCAGUUUGGUUCAGUGGAGCCGGUAUGAUGCACCUUUUAGAGAACACGGGAGACCCAUUCGGCAAAACGCCGUAUGCCAACGCGAUUGAGUUAACCUACAUGCAAAGCCUCUACUACUGUUUGGUCACCAUGUCGACGGUCGGGUAUGGCGACGUCACGCCACAAACCGUCCUGGGCCGAGCUUUUGCCUGUCUUUUCAUUCUUUUCGCCUUGGCCACUUUUGCCAGCGCCAUUCCUGAGAUUGCUGACAUGCUGUUUCGCGUCAACAGAUAUUCUGGCGUCUAUGUCAAAGCAGAGGGUCGCUUGCAUGUUGUGGUGUGUGGCGACGUGACGACACAAUCCGUCCGUCACUUUCUAGAAGACUUUUUGCACAAAGAUCGCCAACGCAAUGACGUCGAGGUAGUGUUUAUUAAUCGACUGAAGCCGGAUCUUCAACUUCAAGGCUUGCUCAGAAGACACUUCAUGCGUGUCAAAUAUCUACAACUUUCUACUACCAUUCGUCACAGUCAACGUGUAAUCUCGGCACGUUAA